AUGCAUUAACAGCGUCGUUUAUCUCCAGCUCCCUCAAGUCCAUGUCCUAGAAUAUGUAAAAUUAUUUAUAUUUAUUGCUUAUAGAAUAGUAAUCCAACCGUAUGCAGUUCCUUUAACCUUAAUAUGUAGUUCCUUAACAGCCAUAAUAAUAUUGUUAAUAACCAAUUGUUCUUAAAACUGAAGAAUUAAGGCCUGUUCUUCAAUAACACCAUUAAUCUAGAGAAAGAGAUAAAGAAAAUUUAAAUCCAAAAUCAUUCUAAUCUGGCAGACUUAUAAGUUAACACGAUACUCCUUAACAUUCUUAAAGAUCUUUAUAAUAAAUCCCUAUUGGAGCUUUUCAAUCUUAAACGUCUAACGAAGCCUAAAUUAAGCAAUUAAGAGAAGAAAUGUUAAAGAUGUUUGAAUUCUCUAGAAAAGAUUUUGAAUUAGUUAAAUUAGAAUUAGACUAAUCAAAACAAGAUUUGAUUGAACAAAAAUAAAUCAAUAAAACAUUUACUACUUAAUUAGAAGCAUUAAAUUUAUAAUUAGUACAGGAAUAAGAAUUAACUAAAAAAUUAAAACUUGAAAUUGAUGAAUUAAAAAAAAUAUAAUUACAAUAAACACAUUAGCUUACUUUUUAUUCUGGAAUAAAAUAAGAAAUAACUUAAGAAUUGCAAUAAUAUGUUGAUAAUUAGUUGAAAUUACAAUCCACUUAAUCAUAAUAACCUUAAUCAUAAAUAACCUUAGACACUUAUGAUACUUAUAUUAAGAAAUAUGAAUAAUUUAAUAAAUAAGUCAAUGAUUAUUUAUUAAAUAGAAAAUUACCUGACAAUUAAUAUAAUGAUACAAUAGACUAAGAUAAUUGUGAUUUAAUAAAAGAAAAAGAAUCCCCUGUCCGUUUAUUGAAUUAAGAAGAAUAAUAAAUUAUUUUAACAAAAGAAGAUAUGGAAAGAUGUACAUAUAAUUUAAUUUUAGAUAAAAUGUCAAUCAUUCAUGAAAAUGAGAACGAAGAGGAUGAAAUUAUAUAUCAGGUAGAUGAAAAUGGUUAUGUUAUGAAUUAAGAUGGCAAUCAUUUGGUAGAUAAUUAUGGUAGAUUGAUAUAACUGUCAGAUAAAGAUAUUGAAUACUUUAAAAGCAAGAACUAAUUGGAUGAAAUCAAGUGA